AUGUUGGAGCAGGUCAGAGAUGACGAUGGAGAAAAGAAAUGGAAGCGGGUUGAAGUGAACCUUAAAGACCAUCUUAUUUACCCAAAUUUCCCUCAAGGAAUGUCACUAGAAUUUUAUGAUGAGUACUUGGGUGACUACUUAACAAAAAUAGGCAUGGAUCAAUUACCACAAACUAGACCAUUGUGGGAAAUUCACAUAGUUAAGUACCCAACAAGCAGUGCAACAGGGAAUGUAAUAUUCAAACUUCACCAUGCUUUGGGUGAUGGCUAUUCUCUCAUAGGAGCUCUUCUUUCUUGUAUGCAAAGAGCUGACAAUCCUUCUCUUCCCUUGACGUUCCCUUCAUGUCAAUCGAGCUCCAAACCCAGGCAUGAUAGCGUUAGCAUUUUCAGGCGUGUACCGAGAGUUUUAUCUGGGAUGAUCAACACUGUAUUAGAUUUUGGAUGGACCCUCUUGAAGAGUAGCAUUGUAGAAGAUGAUCGGACACCAAUCAGAUCCGGAGAUGAUGGGGUUCAGUUCCGCCCUGUCAAUAUAACUACCAUGACAUUCUCUCUUGAUCAGUUCAAGCAAAUUAAGGCCAACCUUGGUGUGGUAAUUCUAUUUCUCAA